UGCAGGGACUCGUGGGCAGGGUUUGGUAUUGCCCCGUCCCCUCCACUAUUGCAAGUCUUUUGCGGGGCUGGAAACGGAGUGGAACUGCAGGGAGUCCUAAAGUGUCGUCUGGUGCAGACGGAAGUUCUCAGUUCGGUUCACCGCACUGCUGCAAAAAGCAAACCAGAGUCAAUGUUUAUGGAAGCCUGGGAUUGAAUACUAACAUUCUUCAACUAGCCCAAUAGGAAUACCAUUGAAAAUGGACAGUGUCAGUGACAGUCUCACGCAGGAAAAUGUGCCAUGCCUUUUCAUCAGUGUCUGCCAUCCAGGAGAAAAGGAAGAAGAUGUUUUCAGCUUUGUCAAAUUCAAUGAACCACGGACAUAUGAAGCUCAUGAGAUAGUGACCUUUGGGAGGAAGAACACUUGCAACGUCCAACUGAACCACGGAAGAGCAUCCAGGUUACAGUUUCAGAUUGAAGCUUUCCUCACGGCUGACAGCUCAGAACUUCAAUUUGAAAUAAAAAACCUGAGCAACAGGUUUACACUUUCAAUUAAUGGUCAUAAACUAAGCUACCUACAAAAACAGCUCCUGCCAGGGAAAUCUGUAAUCCAGUUUACUGACUUUCAGUUUUAUCUGGAACAAGGAGGUGGUGAUUCAGUAUCCAAGUUUGAAGUUGUGAUUAAGGAGGGCUCCCCUUCACGUUGUCUGGUGACAAGUGCCAGAUACCGUUCUCAGAUCGAAACGUCUUUUCCUAAUUGUCAGCAUGAUCCACGGGAACCAAUAGAAGUUGGUGAAGAUCUUGACCAAUACAUGCUUUCAUAACAGGAUACGAUAUUUUUAGAUUUUAAUACAGAUACCUUUAUUUUUGCCCUCCUCCCUACCGGACACUACAAAGGAAUGUUCCAAAACUCCAUGAAACAAAGUUGUAUCAAAAAAUCUGCAUGAUGUAGCUUAAUAUGAAAGAGCUAGUCUGAAGUAAACAAAGUGGAUACAAUUAAGGUCAUGGUAAUAUAUAAAGCUUUACAGGUUUACUGUGAAUUUUAUAAGAUAGUAUGUAUACCUCUUGAACUAAGCAAGUAAUUUCAUAUUUGCUAAAGAGGUAAAUGUAGAAUCUUAAUGUGUGAAAGGUCAUAAUCACCAUAGUAUUAAACUGAUCUAUUAUUGGUCUGC